AUGACUGAGGAGCCGGUCUCGUUCAGACUGAUAGCUGAUUUGAAUAGUCUAUCUAAAUCCUUGCUUCGGGAUUUGAUCACAGGUUCAUCAGGCAUAUCGAAACUUAUUAAGCAUCAAGUGUCUCUUCUUGAGUUGUACUCUCAUGAAUCGAAGAAGCUCGAGAGGAUCGGCUACUGUGACUAUGAACUUGCCUAUGUUUGCUACACGUUGGCGUUGCUGCUUUAUACGAACCUGGAGAAACUACUUUCAGAAAAGACUGUGGACUUUGUGCGAUCGAUUAAACAGAAUCUCGUGAUAAGAAAAGACAGUUACGAGACGAUAAGGUCAUUUCUCGAUUCUAAUGAGAAUGAGACUAAUGUAGAUCCCCUGAACUUGGGUUCUUAUGUUUCUGUUGGGCACGUAAAGGCAAACUUAAAACUGCUGAUGGACAAUUUCAAGUACAGAGAAGUGAUAUUCGUUGAAGAAUUGCACAAUAUCAUCAGUCUGACAUCUUCUAGCAAAGUCCUUUUGAUAGACUAUAGAGCAUCGAAAGAUUUCAACUACAAUCAUAUCAAACAUUCGGAAAUCAUCAAUAUCGAGCCAUCUCAUAUAAAUGCAAUCUUUUCACAGAAUAAAGACGUCACCGAUCAAGACUUAGAGGAACGGCUAAAGCUCCAUUUACUGCAGGACCAAUUCCACAAAUUCCAGAAUAGAUACAAGUACGACUUAAUAGUCAUCUACAACUUGAAGUAUGGCACCCAUAUGUCGCAUAUGGACCGAUUUGCAUAUCUCAAGGAAGUCCUUUUGAACGAAGAUUCAAGUGCACUUCCUACGAGAAACCCCUUCAAUAAUUUGGUAGAAUUGAUCAUGUUCAAGAACAAGUACAUUAGCUCCAAGUUGAAACGGCAUCCAUGUUAUUUGGCUGGCGGUGUAUUCCAUUGGCAUUCGGUGUAUGGGGACGACAGUUUUUAUACAGGCACUUCCUAUGGAAAUUCUUCUUCUAUUGCUCGAACUUCUUCUCCCUAUCUUAAGAACUUUGGCGAGUACUUGCUGACAGCAAAGUCUACAGAUGAUACUCCAAUAUCCAAUGCAUUCGUGCCUAUUAUUCCUUCGGCAAGUAUGUCCAAGUACAACCCUUCAUCGGCAAUUAAGUCCAGCACUUCUAGUAGUACGAUUACGACGACAAAUGUUUCACCUCCAAUUCAGCAGCCACCAACCGUCAAGAGAACACUUUCAGUCACAAUUCCUAACAACUCUUCAUCUUCUUCGACGACUACAUCAAUAACAGAAAAGCCUACUAUUGCGUCUGUAGCCGGUAUAACUACAAAUAACACUCCCAGCAAAUUCCUUGAUCUGUAUGUAACUGGUUUGGUAAAUUUGGGUAAUUCUUGUUACAUGAAUUGUAUUCUACAGUGUUUGGGUGCAACUCCUCCUCUUACAAAGUUCUUUUUCCCAGGUAUUUCCAACAGUUUGCCAUCGUCGUCACAGGUUCAAUCUUAUCGUCAACACAUCAAUGUUAACAACAAAUUGGGAUCUAAAGGUAUUAUGACCACAAACUUCUUUGGGCUAUUAGCCAAUAUGUUCAACAGUAAUGGGAAGUCGUAUUCACCUACAAAUUUUAAGAAAGUGAUGGGAUCCUUAUCCCCUGGAGGACAGUUUGCCACAUUUGACCAACAGGAUUGUCUUGAAUUCUUGACUUUUCUUCUUGAUGGUUUGCACGAAGACUUGAAUCAAAUGGUGAUAUCAAAUCCUGAAGAAAAGAAGGCCAUAUCAGAGCUCACGCCUGAACAAGAGAAAACGAGAGAAAUCUUACCUGUUCGUUUGGCUUCCACAAUUGAAUGGGAGAGAUAUUUGAAGCUCAACUUCUCAAUCAUUGUCGACUAUUUUCAGGGUCAGUACUUGUCGCAAUUGAAAUGUUUGGAAUGUGGAAUGACUUCAACCACCUACAAUGCUUUUUCGGUUUUAUCAUUACCUAUUCCUGAAAAACUUGGCUAUUCAACUAACCAAAGAGUUCUGUUGGAUGAUUGUCUUAAGGAGUUUACAACUACUGAAUUGUUGGAUGACAACAACAAAUGGCAUUGCCCUCGUUGUAAGAGAUUCACCAAGCUGACGAAGAAGAUCACUAUCACACGUUUACCGCAGAUCUUGAUUAUUCACUUCAAAAGAUUUAAGAUGACUCCCAAUGGUUACUUUAACAAGUUGGAUACAUUUGUCAACUUUCCAGUUAAAGACACUCUUGACUUGACAUCUUAUUGGCCAGAUGUUGGUACCAGUGUCAAUUCGAAUCUCAAGGAUUCUGAGAUCAUGAGUAAAGAGAAAGAAGAGCAGAUUUUGUCAACAUUGCCCAGCAGAAACCAACAGAAACCGUUCCGCUACAAGCUUUACGGUGUUGCUAACCAUUUUGGAAAUUUGACAACUGGCCAUUACACUUCUUAUAUUCACAAGGAAGGUGAGUCAAAAAAGACCAGAGGCUGGAUCUACUUUGAUGAUGCCAAGCUUACUUACAAUUGUAAAGAAAGCGACGUAAUGAAUAAGAAUGCCUACUGUCUUUUCUAUCAACGUAUCUAA